CUUCUUCUUCUUAUAGCUCUCACGUACGUGAUGCUCAACUCUCAACAUUCUCAAUCCGAGAGAAGCCACCAUUGAUUUGAAGACAUUAGACUUGCUUUCAAGGAGGAAAGAGUAACGUCAAAAGUAGCUCGUCGAGUUGUAUCUAAAAGAAAUCUCGAGACUCAAUGCAGUCAUCGAGACGAAUCAAGACACGUUGACCCAAGCAGAGAUCCUAGACACAGAACGUGACCUCAGAGACGUCAACUGAUCUGCAGCUUUCAAACAUGUCUGUGACUCAGAGAAUCCGUGUGGAUCAGGUAUAUUAGUGGCGGCUAAUCUUGUGGCUGUUUCAAUUGGGGACUGAAACUAAUGGUUCCAUUCUCUGUCCUGCGAGUCUCACAACUCGGUGGUCGGGAUCAGAGUUUCAAGUGUGAUCAUUGAAUCGAAAAAAAAUAAAUGAAAUGGUGAAAGAAUGGGGACAAGAGCUACUCCUUGCAGCAUAAGCUACCAAUGGAAUUGGUGAGAAAGAGAAAGCAGCGUUGCAGAACUUGGAAGAACUUUCGAGGAAUGGAAUCGAGAGCAGCUAAUGAAAGAAAACGAUUUAGUGGAGCUAGGUUCAACGCCAUUGGAGGGUAUCCAGGAAUUAAUGUCCCUGCAGGGUAUGAUAGUGAAGGAGUUCCAUUUGGGAUUAGCUUUGGAGGAUUGAGAUUUUACAGAGCCAAAAGCUCAUUGAGAUUGCUUAUGGCUUCCAACAAGCAACUCUCAUUAGGAAGCCACCCUAGUUCGAAGCUUAAGGCAGUUGUAGUCAACAAAGUUGCUGAUUUGGAGACCUUGAGAUCUUAUGAAGAAUGGUGGCUUGCUUUAGGCUUGCCUCAACGUUCUCGAUCCAAGAAGCCACCAUUGAAGACAUCAGACUUGCUUUCAAGGAGAAACGACUAACAUCAAAGCAGCUUGUGGAGUUGUAUCUCGAAGCAAUCUCCAAACUCAAUCCAAUACUCCACGCUGUCAUUGAGACGAAUCCAGACGCGUUGAUCCAAGCAGAGAUCGCAGACAGAGAACGUGACCUUAAAAACGCUACUUAUAACCUUCCAAUCUUGCAUGGUGUUCCGGUUCUGCUCAAGGAUUCCAUCUCCACCAAGGACAAGCUUAACACCACUGCUGGUUCCUUGGCUUUACUUGGUUCAGUUGUGCCUCGAGACGCUGGUGUUGUCAAGAGACUGAGAGAAUCAGGUGCUGUCAUCUUAGGCAAAGCCAGCUUAAGCGAAUGGGCUCAUUUUCGAUCUUUCUCCAUCCCAGAUGGUUGGAGCGCACGUGGCCUUCAAGGAAAGAAUCCAUAUGUUUUAUCAGCAAAUCCGUCUGGGUCAAGUAGUGGAUCAGCUAUAUCUGUAGCAGCCAAUCUUGUGGCAUUGUCACUAGGGACUGAAACUGAUGGUUCUAUUCUUUCUCCAGCAAGCCAGAACUCUGUGGUCGGGAUUAAACCGACUGUCGGGCUCACGAGCCGAGCCGGAGUAGUUCCCAUCUCCUUGAGACAGGACAGUAUUGGGACGAUUUGUAGGACAGUUUCCGAUGCUGUUCAUCUCCUUGAUGCUAUAGUGGGUUAUGAUCCAUUGGACGAGGCAACAAGAGCUGCAUCCGAGUUCAUACCUGAAGGUGGUUACAAGCAGUUUCUGACAGCUAGUGGCCUCAAAGGUAAGAGAUUGGGGAUUGUAAUGCAGAACUCUUCUCGUAUUGAUCAUCACAUCAAAACAUUAAGACGAAAAGGCGCUAUCGUCAUUAACAACCUGACAAUACCAAACAUGAAAGUCAUUGUCAGUGCGACUCAUAGUGGUGAAGAGAUAGCACUUUUGGCUGAGUUUAAGAUGUCUCUCAAUGCAUAUCUCAAAGAGCUUGUGGAAUCACCAGUCCGUUCCUUAGCAGAUGUUAUUAUUGCCUACAACGAGGAAUUUGCUGAACAGGAAAAAGUGAAAGAAUGGGGACAAGAUGUGUUCAUUGCAGCGGAAGCCACUAAUGGAAUGGGUGAGAAAGAGAAAGCAGCGUUGCAGAGAAUGGAAGAACUUUCGAGAAAUGGAAUCGAAAAGUUAAUGAAAGAGCAGAAGUUAGAUGCAAUAGUGGCGCUUGGUUCAACAUUGAGCUCUGUCCUCGCCAUUGGAGGGUAUCCAGGAAUCAAUGUCCCUGCAGGGUAUGAUAGUGAAGGAGUUCCAUUUGGGAUUAACUUUGGAGGAUUGAGAUUCUCAGAGCCAAAGCUCAUUGAGAUUGCUUAUGGCUUCGAACAAGCAACUUUGAUCAGGAAGCCACCCACAGGUUUCAUAGCUUGAGGCUCUUGUAGACAACAAAGUUGUUGAUUUGGAAACAUAUCUUUGGUAAUGAUUUUCUUUCUGUAUUGGUAAAUGUAUCUGUGUAAUGUUACAUUUCUUUGGAGACUGGAAAUAACUUACAGAUAUGACUUUCUCACAAUAAAAUGAUCGUUCUUUUCC